AAACGCGGUGCCUUUCCCCUCCGUCGGACACCGCACAUGAGCCCCAGCAAGGCCGCCAGCCACAGCGUGUCCGGGACCCUCCAUUCGAACGUCAGCAGCCUCACUGCCUUGAAGCGGUUCGAGGUCAUGAAUAACCAGCUCUAUGGUGCCCUCCCGAGUUUCGCCGGGUUGACACAGUUGCAGGUGUUGCUUCUACACCACAACAAUUUCACCUCCAUUCCUGCGGACUUCUUCACUGAUUUGUUAGCUCUACAAGUGAUUGACCUAGGCUAUAACGACUCCGUUGCUUGGGGGAUUCCCGCUAGCCUGAAAGAUUGCGCCUCCCUUCAUAAUUUCACUGCGAUCCAAGCGAACGUGACUAGGCAAAUCCCCAAUUUCAUGAAUGCGCUGAAUUUCCCCAGCAUGUUCACGCUGAAGUUGUCCUUUAAUAACUUGGAAGGCGGGGCAGCCCACGAGCUUCAACGGUCAAAGUCUACGGUCAAUGGGUCGAGGUCAAUGGGUUGGGCGGAUGGGUCGGGUUGAACUGACGGACCCGACUUGUGCCAGCGACCCCACGCGUGCAUCGCACGUGCCUAGCACCGAAACGGCACAUGUGUCGCACGCGCUGACUACCCCAAUUUGUUUCGGCCGCACGUGGCAGCGCGUCCAUCAGCCCCUAGCAGUGGUAUGAUCGGUUAAGGUUGCUUAAUGAAAGGGUUGCACCAAAUUGGCAAAAGAGAUCAAGAGUUUCCCACAACGGAAUACAUUACCAUGUCAGAAUAUACAAUAGGUGCCUGUCUUAGAGAAUCAGCAACCCAUGCUCUUUUCUAGGAUUGAAAACUUUGGCCAGAAUUAAGGUCGGAAUUUGAUUCCUA